GUGUCCUGUUGGGACCCGCCAACUGUGCGUACCACCUGAAGAGGGGCGGCGCGAACAUGGAGGGGGGAGGGAAACUGGCCGCUGGAAAAAAUGUGGUGUGUCCCAUGGCAAGUACGAAAAAGGGGAAGAGCGAGCAAAAGGGGAAUAUGAUAGGAAGUAACAUGCUAGAGGAGGAUGCGGAUGAUACUGAAUCGGGAGACGACGUAGAUGGGGGGGAUGACAUGGCGGAUGAUACGUCGGACGGUCUGAAAGGGGAAGAGGCGGCCAUGGAGGGGGUAACCAUGGAGGGGGUAACCAUGGAGGGGGUGACCAUGGAGGGGGUAACCAUGGAGGAGGCAACCAUGGAGGAGGCAGCCAUGGCGGAGGCAGCAGCGGAGGAAGCAGCCGUGGAGGAGGGGGCCGAUAUGGACGCAGUCGACAGGGAAGCAGCGGAGUUAGAAGAACGGCAGUACAACGAAAUGAAGCAGCGAAAAUGGAAAACGUCUCACGGGACUGCGCAGGGGAAAGGGGGGGCGUGCCCCAAGAAGAAGGCGGUGACGAUGAAGGGGGGGUGCAGCAAAGCAGGGAAGGCUGCAAAAGGGAGAAAAAAAACCAACGCGGUAAAGGCGCAUAGCAAUGGCAAUUUCAACAUGGUGAACGCGCUGAAGGCGAUCGAGAGCCACGACAACAGCUCGGAGGGGACGAAAAAAAGCAAAAGAGAAAGAGGAACAAACGAAGAGAACGAGUCCUUAUACGAGGAGAAAAAACAAAAAAUUAUGAUGAUUCAUCUAUUAAAAAGCAUUAAAGAACACUUAGAUAGACAGAAAAAAAAUUUCAAUAGUUUUUUGUCCUUCUUGAGUGAAAGCUAUGAGAGUUACGAACGGUUUUAUGUCUUUAAAAGUGCAAGUGGUGUGCGUAGUGGGGUGGGUGAAGAGAUGGCGAUAACGUCGCAGUCGUUUUUGAGUUUACAGGAGGAAAGUGCACCUAGGUGUGGUGAGCAGAAGGGCCAGGGCGGUCUGCUUAAAAGCGGUGGCAAGAGCGGGGGUGGAAUGGAUGAGGAGGGCGACGAAGGGAUGGAGGAAGUGGUGCAGGAAGACGCGCCGGAGGAUGAAGACGGGGAGGGCACGUCAUGGGGGGAAAGCCCAAAAAAAGGAGAAGCACCACAAAACGGAGGCGGAUCACAAAAAGGAGGCGGAUCACAAAACGGAGAAGCACCGCAAAUCGGAGAAGCACCACCAAACGGAGAAAACCCUGCAGAUAAUGGCACCACCAUUGAUGACCAGGAUAAGGACUCGAAGAAGCCCUCAGAAAAAAUCCAAAAAAUAAAAGACUUCCUAUACGACAUGCUACAGUCUAAAGAGCUGUCCAAAAAGCAGAAGGAGUAUCUUAAAGUGAUUCUGCAAAUACUUACGUUAGAGGAUGACCUGUUACAAAAGGAAAAACUGCAAGUGGAGGUAAAUAAAAAGAUAAUAGAUGUCCUGUUGGGUAAGUCCAAUGAAUUGAGAAACAUAGCAGUGCAUCUAAGUAAAGGAGAAGGAGCAGGAGAAACAGAAGGAAACCAACGAGUUGAUUUGGCUCAAAAUAUCGUAUCAAAUUUGUUGAAUUUUUCUGUCGAAUUAAAAAAUACUGGAAAUAUUGUGUAUAAUAAUAUACAAGGACAAGGAGAGCUACUUCAGAGUAUCGAGAAAAAUAUUAACAAGGCAGAGGACGAGUUGAAAAACGUCCGUGUGCAUACUGAGUACAAAGGGAAGAAGAAGGAGGAACCCCCUGUCGACCCAAGUAACAAUGAUGUCGUAGAAAACAACAAGGAGGGUCCUACUAGCUCGAAAGAGAUUAAUGGGUCCGAGUUCCUUCAGUACUGUGAUGCUGCAGAGGCAGAAGCCGAUUCUGAUGCUACUUGUCCAUUUAAACCUGUAUCAUCCUCCAAGAAGGGGUCAGCUGCCAUGAACCACAGCACCACCGGGGCCACUCAAAAAAAAGUAACGACUAAGGCUACCCACAAAAAAUUCAUCCUUGAUGAAACUAUGAAGAAUCAUUUUUUUAACAACUUUGUGAAAGACUCCGUCACGUUGAAGAAGCUCUACCGCCUGCUCUACGACAUGUUCUAG